UAUAUAAUUUGCUGAACAUGUUUAUUAAAUAUUAUAGAGUUUUAAUAUUGACGAUUUUAUGGGGUUUGUGCGCUCGAGGUGAAGAGCAGCGGUGGAUGGUGGAGGGGCGCGCGCUUGUGCCCGGCUUGAGAGCAGAUCAGUGGAUUCUCUCUGCCCGAGUUCUGCUGGGUGGAGAUCAGCAUGUCGGAUUUAUCAGGCUUGAUGGAAGUUUCACAGUGAAUGAUGUGCCAUCCGGAUCAUAUGUGGUCCACAUCGUCCAUCCAACUUACAGAUUCGAGCCUGUCAGAGUUGAUAUUAACGCUGUAGGCAAAAUGCGUGCUCGCAGAGUCAAUUACAUUAAGCCAUCUGAGGUAGAGCAAUUGCCUUACCCUCUUCAGAUAAGAUGUUUUGGAUACCAUUCCUACUUUAUAGAACGAGACAUGUGGACCUGGUCUGAUUUCAUCAUGAAUCCCAUGGUUUUGAUGAUGGUGUUUCCUGUUAUAAUAAUUCUUCUUCUGCCAAAGCUUAUUAACAUGAAUGACCCAGGAAUGAGAAGGGAAAUGGAACAAUCGAUGAACAUGCUCAAUCCCAGCCCAGAACUUCCAGACGUCUCUGAGAUCAUGACAAAGUUUUUUGCUCAGCCUACAAGUCGUAGUAAAUCAACCACUGGAGCUCAUAAAGGUCACAGGGGAGGCAGCGGUGAGCGGUCUUCAAAGAGAAGAUCACACUCUUCAGUUCCGAAAGACACAUAACGUUUGCAUCCUGAUUUCACAGAUUUAUGCCUUUGCUGAAAGAAGUGACCAGUUAUUUUUAAUAACUCGGUCAAUCUUCAAUGUCUAAAAUUUAAAGUCUGUUACAAUGAUCAGUUCUAUAAAUGUAUUUCAUUUGAGCUCUUAUUUGUACACCUUUUAAAUGUAUAACAUUAAAACCACCUCCUUGUUUUUUA